GUAGGUCCGACACAGCUGCUGGUUGUAGCAGUGCAUUGGGGUGGAGUUGUGCGGGUUACUGAGUUUAGCGCUAAUUGUGAAAAUGAAUGUGAUAGAUCAUGUGCGGGACAUGGCAGCGGCCGGGCUCCAUUCUAAUGUGCGCUUACUGAGCAGUCUCCUACUGACUAUGAGCAACAACAACUCGGAGAUGUUGUCUCCAUCACAAAAGUACCAGUUGCUUGUGUACCAUGCGGACUCUCUGUUCCAUGACAAAGAAUACAGAAAUGCUGUCAGCAAGUAUACAAUGGCUCUGCAGCAGAAGAAAACCUUAACCAAGACUUCCAAAGUUAGGCCAGCAAUGGGAAAUUCAGCUGCUACCCCACAAAAUCAGAGUCUCCCAUCAGAGAUUGAGGUGAAAUAUAAAAUGGCUGACUGUUAUACCAUGCUGAAACAGGACAAGGAUGCCAUAGCCAUUUUAGAUGGAAUUCCUUCUCGGCAGAGAACCCCAAAGAUUAACAUGAUGUUGGCUAAUUUGUACAAGAAAGCUGGACAGGAACGUUCUGCAGUAACCAGUUACAAGGAGGUUCUGAGACAGUGCCCUCUGGCGCUUGAUGCCAUACUAGGAUUGCUAUCCCUUUCUGUAAAGGGAGCAGAAGUUGCAUCUAUGACUCUCAAUGUCAUCCAGAGUAUUCCCAACCUAGACUGGCUUUCUGCCUGGAUCAAAGCCUAUGCGUUUGUGCACACUGGAGACAACACCAGAGCUAUCAACACCAUCUGUUCUCUAGAAAAGAAAUCUUUACUAAGGGACAAUGUAGAUCUUCUGGGGACUUUGGCGGAUUUGUAUUUCCGUGUUGGUGACAAUAAAAAUGCCAUUCUUAAGUUUGAGCAAGCUCAGAUGCUGGAUCCCUAUCUAAUAAAAGGAAUGGAUAUAUAUGGGUACUUGCUGGCUCGUGAAGGUCGACUGGAAGAUGUAGAGAAUCUCGGAUGCCGCUUGUUUAAUAUAUCUGAUCAACAUGCUGAGCCCUGGGUAGUUUCUGGGUGCCACAGCUUUUAUACCAAGAGACACUCCAGAGCCCUGUAUUUGGGAGCUAAGGCUAUCCAGUUGAACAGCAAUAGCGUUCAGGCCUUACUGCUUAAGGGGGCGGCAUUAAGAAACAUGGGGAGGGUGCAGGAAGCAAUAAUACAUUUCCGAGAAGCAAUUCGAUUGGCACCUUGUCGACUCGACUGCUGUGAAGGUCUCAUUGAAUGCUAUUUGGCAUCCAGCAGUGUACGGGAAGCUAUGGUGAUGGCCAACAAUGUCUACAAAACCCUUGGAGCCAAUGCACAAACUCUAACUCUGCUGGCAACUGUGUGCCUGGAAGACCCUGUUACCCAAGAGAAAGCAAAAACCUUGUUAGACAAAGCUCUCGUUCAGAGACCGGAUUAUAUAAAGGCUGUGGUGAAGAAAGCAGAGUUACUCAGUCGAGAGCUGAAGUAUGAGGAGGGAAUUGCCUUGCUCCGUAAUACCCUUGCAAACCAGAGUGACUGUGUAUUACAUCGGAUGCUAGGAGAUUUUCUUGUGGUAGUUAAUGAGUUUCAGGAGGCUAUGGACCAGUACAGCAUUGCCCUCAGUUUGGAUCCAAAUGACCAAAAAUCCUUGGAAGGAAUGCAGAAAAUGGAGAAGGAAGAGAGCCCUACAGAUGCCACACAGGAAGAAGAUGUUGAUGAUAUGGAGGGGAGUGGAGAAGAAGGAGAUCUAGAGGGCAGUGAUAGUGAAGCUGCUCAGUGGGCAGAUCAGGAGCCAUGGUUUGCAAUGCAGUGAAGUUGGACUUUCCUUUUAAUGUUUAAUAAUGGAUUCUUGUGCAGGCAGGAAGAUGCUAUAUCUGUAGCAAAGCUUGAGGAUUUGAGGAAGGAUCCGUGAAGUGGAGUUGAAACACAAUAACUCAAUAACUUUUAUGUGACCAUUGCUCAUUGUCCAUCACUGGACACCACAUUAUAAGGCCUGGACUUUAGCGUAAAUUUGUAGGAGGAAACAUUGCCAGUACUUCUGCUGCAUGUGCUCCUACCUCAGGUUUCAUUGUAAAAACUUCUGGAGGAAUCCCCAAAUCAGCCUGUUUUGGUAUCUUCCUUUUAGUCACUCCAGGAUGUGCCGGAAGACGACAUCCUUUAAAACGGAUUAUUUAAAUAGAAUUGCUGUUGUGUCGAUCUUUAGAAAAAGAUCCUACUUACAAACCUGAAAUGCAAACUUUUAUGGGUGACGGCUCAGCGUAAUCAAAGCUGAAGAAAAAUCAUGUCUUUAUGUGACUAGUAAUCAUCGUGAAUUGUUCAUCAUGUACAUUAGAAUUUCUAUUGUAUUUGUUUUUGCUUUUUUGGUAAACCCAUUUUCUUUACCCAGACUUGAUCCGUGUGUCAGUUUUCUCUAUGGGGUUAUGUGGUGUAAUGUAUGUUACAGGUCUAGUCACCUAUUAUAACCAACCAGCAGGAAGCAUUUACUGGUCACCUGUUUAAAAACAAAUAUCUUAUUGGUUCUUUAGGUUACCACACCAGCACAAACUUUAUGCUUUAUAUUAUAAGGGAUGGUAUCUCUAUAUAUUACAUGUGCGUAUUUUGGCAUUUGAUUUAUGAGGAAAACAUUUGUGAAAAUGUAUAGAAUGUACAUGUUUUUCAGCAAUGAAAUUGUACAUAGGCAAUGGCUUUUGUAUUAAAUAAAAAAGUCAGCGUU